AUGACUGUGGUGAAGGAUCAUAGAAGGGAUGAUCUCAGAGACGAGUUUCCCGUAGGAAUGCAUGUUCUUGCUGUUGAUGAUGACUCAACAUGUCUCAUGAUUUUGGAGACUAUGCUACGUAGGUGCCAAUACAAUGUAACUUCCACCAAUAAUGCAAAAACAGCGUUGAAUCUGUUGAGAGGAAACAAAAACAAGUUUGACCUGGUAAUCAGUGAUGUCCAAAUGCCAGACAUGGAUGGAUUUCAACUGCUAGAGCUUGUGGGGCUUGAGAUGGACCUACCCGUCAUAAUGUUGUCUGUAAAUGAUGACCCUAAGAUGGUGAUGAAGGGAAUUACACAUGGAGCUUGUGAUUAUCUUCUAAAACCUGUUAGAAUUAAGGAGAUACAGAACAUUUGGCAGCAUGUUGUCAGAAGGAAGACAGUUGAUUCGAAGGAGCGGAACAAAACCAGCAACCAAGACAAAGCUAAAGUUGAUAGCAACGAAAGUGGGUCUGUAGCAACAGGAAAUUCAGAUCAAAUUGGAAAGUCUUCAAGAAAGAGGAAGGAUGAGGAUGAUGAUGAGGAGAAUGACAAUGAACACUCAUCAAGUCAGAAGAAACCUCGAGUUGUUUGGACUGUGGAACUUCACCACAAGUUUAUUUCUGCUGUUAAUCAAUUAGGCUAUGAGAAAGCUGUGCCUAAAAAGAUUCUUGACAUGAUGAAUGUUGAAAAGCUUACAAGGGAGAAUGUGGCUAGUCAUCUGCAGGCGUUUUUCCUAACCUUACUUCUCUAG